AUGGUUCUGGAUGUGAUGAAGCCCUUGAAGCAUAAACAGCUACUUGAAUACGAACUGGAAGGUUUUGGAAUACGUCUGAACAAGCAACCACCGAACAUUGGUUUCAAGAAAAAGGACAAAGGAGGUCUUAAUUUGACAGCUUUGGUAAGAUUCGCUAAUUUUUGGCUUACUGUCUCAUUUUUCUUUCAUUUUGAGUCUUUGAUUUUGUUAUUUUGACC